UCCUACAGUAAAGCUGGUGCACAGCAGCAGGUAUUAAACGUGUUGCAGUGAUGGGAGCGAUGGAGGUUUUUCUCCAGUCAUUCAGCCCAGUUUCAGUUUUAGGUUCUGUGGUUUUAAUCCUCAUUGGGUUUCACUUUUUCCUCUCCAAGUCCAGACCUGAGGGCCACAGACAGGGACCACCAGGACCAAAACCCCUUCCCAUCAUUGGCAACCUGCUGCAGUUGGAUGUUAAGAGACUUGACCAAGCAUUCCUGAAGCUUUCUAAGACGUAUGGAUCUGUGUUCACUGUCCACAUGGGACCAAAGAAGAUGGUGGUCCUGACAGGGUAUAAGACGGUGAAAGAAGCAUUUGUUAGUUAUGCUGAGGAGUUUGGAGAACGGGAAGCACCCAUCGUGGCUAAAGAAGCAAACCUGCAUCAUGGUAUUGCGUGGACCAAUGGAGACUCCUGGAAGGAAAUGCGCCGCUUUGCUUUGACCAACCUGAAGGACUUUGGGAUGGGAAAGAAAGUAUGUGAGGAGAAAAUCAUUGAGGAAUGUCACGUCCUCAUCCAGAAGUUGAAGGAGUUUAAAGGUGAAGCUUUUGAUUCAUCCCAACAUAUAAACUAUGCAGUUUGUAAUGUAAUCUGCUCCAUGGUUUAUGGCAAAAGAUUUGAAUAUGAUGAUCUAGAGUUCACUACCGUUGUAAAUCGAACAAACCAAGUCAUUCAACUGUUGGGCUCGCCAGCAAUACAGCUGUACAACAUGUUCCCAAAGAUUGGCAAGCUGGUGUUUUCAGCCAGAAAGAAAAUGAGCGAUAUAUUUGCUGCCAAUAAACAGCAUCAUCUGAUGCUGCUGAACCGUUUGAAAGAGACUCUCAGUCCACAGAUGUGCAGAGGAGUUGCAGACGCUUUCCUCAUCCGUCAACAGCAACUCAAGGAAUCUGGGAUCACCGACAGUCACUACCACAACGACAACCUGCUGGUGACAGUCAUGAACCUGUUCGCUGCUGGAACUGAAACUACAUCAACUACCCUGAGAUGGGCAUUCCUGUAUAUGGCCAAAUAUCCAAAAAUACAAGACCAGGUCCAGCAGGAGCUGAGGAAUGUGAUUGGAAGUCGGCAGGUUCAGGUUGAAGACAGACAGAACCUGCCUUUUACAGACGCCGUCAUCCACGAGAUACAGAGAAUUGCCAACAUUGCUCCUUUGGCAAUUCCUCACAGGACUAGCCAAGACGUCACGUUCCAAGGUCAUUUUAUUGAGAAGGGAACUCCAGUAAUUGCCGUUUUAACGUCCGUCUUGCAAGAUGAGAGCGAAUGGGAGAAACCGAACGUCUUUUAUCCAGGCAACUUCCUCAGCAAAGAUGGGAAGUUCCUCAAGCGAGACGCCUUCCUGCCUUUUUCAGCAGGUCGCAGGGUUUGCCUUGGAGAGAGUCUGGCCAGAAUGGAGCUUUUCAUCUUCUUCGCCACGCUCCUGCAGCACUUCCGAUUUUCUCCUCCACCUGGAGUUACAGAGGAAGAACUCGAUCUAGCUCCACGAGUUGGUGGUACUCUGAGCCCUCAACCUCACACGCUCUGUUUUAUCCCUUUAAAUUAAGGAGGAGACUAUAUGUGGAAAAACCCCAUUUUGGUCACAGUAGAAGGAAGAAAAGGAGUUUCAGGAAGGAAGGUCUAUAAUGGAAACCUUCAAACUCUAGGGCAAACCUCUUGGCAGAACAAAGACAGGAUCUCUCUUUCGUCUGUCAUUCAUUUGGGCGACAUCAGCGAUACAACCUGAAAUCUCCUCCUGCUGGCAGAGGAAAGGUCUGAUUCUGCUUUUUGGAUUGACAAACAUCCAUGGGACUGCAUUGCAUCUGCCCAGCCAAAGAAAUAAACCUGAGUUUAGUCAGAAUUCUGUAGAAGGAAACUUAUAAUUACAGGAUCCCUAAGAUUAGCAUCAACAAAUCCAUGAUUUCUUACUUUUGCAAAUUAUUAAAAUAUCUAUCAAUGCAGUAAUUGACAGACUAAGAAUCAAUUCAACAUAAGGUCAUGGAUAUCCAAUUCAGUCAAACUACAGAGUAUUAAUUUAUCAAAAAUAAAAUUGUGCCUUUGCACCGUGAAAUAAUACUUACAAAAUCUCAAUUAGUCUAAACUCUUCAGUACAAUCUUUGGUCUUUUUAGUUGCUAAGAGCUUUGUUCUAAAAAACAUGACAGACUUUUAUGUGAAAAAAUAACUUGAGAAAACAAAAUGAAAACAAUGAAAUGCCUAAGAUGUACAGUGAUACCUACAAAAAUAUAAUAUUGAGAAAUAUUUUUCAGUUUUUAUUACAUGUUAAGCCUUUAUGUCUUGAUUGCAUAUAUAUGACAAUGAUAAUGACAAUAAAGAUUUAUCUUAUCUAUCUUAUCUUAUCAUUGAUCUGAACUAAAUCUAGUACAAAGUGAUCUGUGGCUCAUAGCAGCAGAUCUGAGGACAUUCAGAGACUUUAAAGGUCAUUAUUUCAUAGUUUCAUGGUUUCUCAUAAUACUGCAUGACAUAUUUUAAUAAUUUAACUAAUCGUCUCAAACACAGUCAGUUGGAGAAAGGAGACGUAAAAUAUAAGGAAAAUAUAUGUUUGGAUUUAAUGCAACUGGUAGAUUAUCAGCGAUUAAGAAAGUAAAUAUCACUUUUCUAACUACACCACUUAUUUUAUUUGACCACAAAGAUAAUUUACUUCUAAUCUGCAGGUAUAGUGGUGAACUCUUUGUUUCAAAAGGAAAUAUCAAAUACUAGAAAGAAAUGCAAUAUAGUAGUAAAUUACGUUAAUGUCUCACCAGUGUUGGGUUUUAUUGUGAAAAAAUGUGACACAAAUUAAAAUUGUCUGUAUAUAGAAAUUGGAGGGUUUCAUAUACAUAUAUAUGCAAUCAAGACAUAAAAUGAUGUGAAUAAAAUCUGUCCAUAAAUGUUUUACCACUCAGAAAACAGAAGAUGAUAAAUUUUUCAUGUUUUGCUGUAAUAAAGGUUUUUCUCCUGAAGUUUAGCGCCGUGUUGGUGCAGCAGGAAGACGAACAACAGUUUUAUAGCUCGCAGAGGAAACAUCACCAGGAUCUCUGUUAACAUGAAUCUGACAAAAAAAAGACAACAGGAAAAAGAAUUGUUGACUCUUAAUCUAGAAGUAAAAAUAAAGAGUUUAUUAUUUACAAUUAAACAUAUAAAGUCAGAACUUUCUUUAAAGUUUACACUAAGCCUGUUCUGUUCAAAAUAAGUUAGAGUUAACUGGAGCAUUUAGAAAAUGUUCUAUUCUAAAGGUAAUCAGUUACAGUUUCUUUCAGAAGAGCCAUAUUUUCCUGGAGCAAAGAAUAAACAGUCUUUUAUAAUUUAUACCAGAAAACCUUCUGAAGCUAAAGAAAUGCUUCCCUUCAAGCCGAAACACCAACAGCAGAGUUAAUGCUAGCAAGGCCGUUUCCUGUCCGCUCACAGCUGCAAGGCAAUCCUCUGCUUCAGAUCUGAAGAUAUUUUUGUUAUUUCCUCUUCCUGGAAGAAAUAUGCCUGAAAAAAAAAUCCAUCUUAUU